AUGUUACUGCAAUAUGUGGGCGAACGGGUCUAUAUCAGCUUUUCGGGCGGCGAUUAUAGGGAGGUCUAUGAUAAGCAUCUUGUGAACCUCAAGAAGUUUGAUACUCGAACGAAGGAUCAUGGUAUCCUUGAUGGCAUCCUGACGGAACUCAACAACAAUGGCAGGCCAUCUGGGAAAUACCAGCAGGGCGGUGGUGCAGAUGGUAGUGACGAGGUAGAGUCUGACUUGGAGUCCGAGGGUGGUCAAUUUGAAGUUGAUGAAGUCGAGGCUGAGUAG